AUGACGUUUAAUCGAGAAGAGAGGCAACUUUGGAUCUCUAAUUUGAUAAGAAGCAGGUUAGCUAGAGACCUUAUCCUUCAAAACCAGCUUCUUCAAUUUGCUGGAGCCCCCGAGUCACGUUCUUUCAUUGAGGCAAUUUCAGAAAAUAAUCGAAACAAGUUUCCAAGAUACUGGGAUGAGCUUUUGGGGACUGCAGCAGGAUGUGGUGUGACUGUUCUUGAGGUAAAUCGCGUUAUAGUUGUUCGUGUGCAGAUUAUACUUAUCAACUUCAGGAAGGAGAUUCUUCCAUUCAUAUCAAAGACUGAGAUCAGUUCAAAUGUUGAUACCGCAGAUGACUGUUCUGAUGUUCUUGUUGUAAACGAUUCAAUGGCCAUUGCUGCUCACAAUGAGGACGCAAAUGCUGCUCUAGUUGGCCACACAUAUGUGAUAAAAUGUGAACUGUCAAAUGGACUAUCCUUCAUGGCUUAUACGUACGCUGGGGAGCUCCCAAGCUGCGCCUUCGGUUUCAACAGUCAUGGUUUGGCAUUCACGCUGAACUCAGUACCCCCAGCUGAAGAUGAAAUUGUGGCAGCCGGCAUAGGGCGGAAUUUUAUCUCACGGGAUCUCCUGGAAGCCACAAGCAUUGACGACGCAUUAACUAGAAUACGUUCAUCAGAAGUUUCUGUGGGACAUAGUUAUAACCUAAUAGACAUAAAGACACGCCAAAUUUUGAAUGUCGAAACGGCAUCAAGGAACCGGGUUUCAGUUCAUAAUAUUGGACCAACACCAUUUUUCCAUGCAAACAUGUAUCUCCAUCUGGAGGUUCAGCAGGUACAAGAUGAGAAUUCAAUAAGCAGGCAAAAAAGAGCAACUGUGCUACCAAAAAGAUCGAAGGACGAUUUCCUAUCACUUCUUGGAGAUACUAAUCAUCCAGAAUAUCCGAUCUACAUGAUAGGUCCAAAACUCUACACAUUAUGUACGGCAGUAAUCAAUCUGGAUGAACAAAUACUAACGAUAAUUGAAGGGAAUCCGAAGAAAGGAGAAGUUUCUCAUGUUUUCUCUAUGUCCUCGGAAGAUUUUAAGAUUGCUCAAUAAAAAAGCUCUAGCAGACUGCGUUAGCUAU